AUGGCGGAUGUGGGGCGGAACCUCGACCCAAACCCCCGCUUGUCCCUCUCUCCCUAUCUCCCUAUCUCCCAGCCAUCGGACCAGCGGCCGCGCAUAGCGGAGUGCUUUGACAAGCUGAUGGUGGAUGUGGGGCGGAACCUCGACGCAAACCCCCGCUUGUCCCUCUCUCCCUCUCUCCCUAUCUCCCAGCCAUCGGACCAGCGGCCGCGCAUAGCGGAGUGCUUUGACAAGCUGAUGGCGGAUCCAUCGGAUCAGCGGCCGGGCAUAGCGGAGUGCUUUGACAAGCUGAUGGCGGAUGUGGGGCGGAACCUCGACCCAAACCCCCGCUUGUCCCUCUCUCCCUAUCUCCCAGCCAUCGGAUCAGCGGCCGCGCAUAGCAGAGUGCUUUGA